AUGGCGCCUCAACUUCAACGACCAAUGCUAGCUGAAAAGCCAGAUAUUGUUGUUUCUACACCAAGCAAAGUCCUUGCUCAUUUAGAGGCUGAGAACAUGGUGUUACGAGAAUCAUUAGAAACAUUGGUUAUUGAUGAAGCCGAUCUCGUUCUGUCGUUUGGUUACGAACAAGAUGUCCGCAAAAUCCUCACGUACUUGCCCAAGAUAUACCAGAGCUUCCUCAUGUCAGCUACAUUUACACAAGACAUUGAAAACCUUAAGCAACUCGUGUUACGGAAACCGGCCAUUCUUCGCCUUGAAGAAGAGGAGGACGAAAACGAUUAUUUGACCCAAUACAUGAUCACAUGUUCCGAGUUUGAAAAGUUCUUGUACACAUUUGUCAUUAUCAAGUUACGGUUGAUCCGAGGCAAACUUAUUCUGUUCGUCAACGACAUUGAUCGAUGCUACAAGCUCAAGUUGUUUUUGGAACAGUUUUCGAUCCGGUCGUGCGUAUUAAAUUCAGAACUUCCGCUCAACUCACGAUACCAUAUUGUCGAGGAGUUCAACCGUGGUAUCUAUGAUUACUUGAUUGCGUCUGACGAGUCAACGUUGAAGGGUGAAAUGGACAGUGAGGAUGAAAUGAGUGACGAGGAAGACGAAGACGAGCAGCAAAAGACCAAGAAGAACAGCAAGAAGAAACAACAGGGCGAUAAAGAAUACGGAGUGUCGCGCGGUAUUGAUUUCAAGGGCGCAGCAGCGGUGAUCAAUUUCGAUUUCCCAAAGUCUGCCAAAGCAUAUACCCACCGCGUGGGUCGUACAGCUCGGGGCGGACAACAAGGCAUUGCGUUGUCAUUUGUGGUGACCAAAGAAAAAGCCCAACAGCUCGACAGGGACAUUGCACGAAGCGUGAGUCGAGGCCGUAACAUUGCGGACGACACAGUCUAUGGCCGAGUCGAGAAACAACAAAAGGCCAAGGGAGGCGAACUAAAACCUUACUCGUUUGAAAAGAAAAACGUGGACGGCUUCAAGUACCGUGUGCAAGACGCACUCAAGCAGGUGAACAAGGCGGCGAUCCAAGAAGCCAGAAUUAUGGAAAUCAAACGCGAGAUUAUGAAUUCGGAAAAGCUCAAGAUGCAUUUUGAGGACAAGCCCAAGGAUCUCGAGUUUUUGAGACAUGAUCAGGCUGUGAAACCAGCCUUAGUCAAGGAACAUCUCAAGCAUAUUCCGUCGUACUUGAUGCCCCGUGUGACCAAACCCGUUGGACAAUCGUCGCGUAGCAAUGAUAACGUUCCGUUCCAUAGUGACAAAAAGCGAAAGAAGGCGCAGAAUGGCAAAGGAGGCAAUAAGUCAUUAUUUCAAUAA